GGCUAGAGGAGUGGGACACGUCGCAAGGCUGUUUCCGCCGUACUUCCCUCAAGCGGUUGGGCCAGGUCGUGCAGCUCGGCCAUCCCCCGCGCGAGCGCUGCUUGCAGCCUAUCGCCGCACACUCCGAUUUCACCGUCAUCCACGUCAACGGGAUCCAUCUCGUUGGCGUGCGCUUCUGCGGCUGCGGGCGCGGCGCACCGACACAUCGUCAGCAACUCAUGCGGAUCGGCUGGUGGCCCGGGAGCGUCAAGAACCCGCAAACAGUGGCGUCCAUCUCGUGCCUCCGGCUGUUCCAUAAGCUCAACGCGGUCAGCAAGAUAUCGCAGUACGAGUUCUAUCGCGGGAUCGAGCGCCUCACGGACAACACGGGCAACCUGAAGAUGCCGGAGAAGCGUCGUGUCUUCAGCUCAAUGGUCAGUCAAUAUCGGCACACGACCAUGCUCUGUCGCGCCGGACGAGGGCACGUGGACGACGGCGUCAACACGACGCCUGCGGGAGGACUCGCGUUGCCAUGCCUCGCAUGCCCGCACCCAGGGCGUAAUCUGCCCAAGGAUUGGGAGAGAGCCGGACCGGAAGAGAGCUUCCUAUAUCGGAAGUUCAUUGCACAGGAUGCGAACUUUCGCCUGGCUAACGCGAUGCGGUCCAGCGAGGCUCGCAACCCGGUCUUGGGCGAUGGAUGGGGCUACUUCGUGGGGAGGGCGUCGUACAUGGACUAUGUCCGUUCUUUCGCGAACGAGGAAGACAUAUCAACGUGUUCGGGCUUCGCGGCAGUUUUCCUAGCCAAUCUCAAGCGUGUACGCGGCUUGCGUGCGACGGGCGUCGCGGCCGUUAUAUGCUCACGCCACAAUAUGUUCCUUCCUAACGGGAUCGGGGAUCUACAAAAGGGAGAACGUUUCUGCAAUAUGACCUAUGUCCUCGCGUCAGCGCUUGCGCAUGAGCAAGUGCAACACAUCGUGUACUCAUACGACGUCGCCUGCGUCUUCGACAAGAACCUCCGCGAGCGCAUAUCCACCCUACCCGACCACCUCCAGCAGCGGAUUGCCGACCUCGUCUUUAGCUUCUUCGUACCCAACUUCCAUUUACCCGCGCACCGUGCGCCAUGCCACGCACCGUAUUCAUUCCAUUUCGCUCCGGGCGUCGGCCGCACGCAUGGAGAGACCGUCGAAGAGAACUGGUUCAUCAUGAACAAGGCCGCUGCGCAGACGAAGCCGAUGGGUCCCGGCACGCGACAGCUCACUCUAGAAGACCACGCGGGAUGCCACGACCAUGAGUCAAGUGUUUCUUUAGGCCGACUGCUGCCAAGGAGGCUCGUCCGGACUAUCCAGUCCUUCAUGAGCUCGUACGACGAGUACGAGCAGCUACGGGACGGCAUCGAGAAGAGGAAUCCCGCCCUCGUCGCAGAGUGGAUCGCCCUCGAGAAGAAGUGGCAGGAAGAUCGGUCAUCAACGACGUGUCCGUACGAGCACGCAACUCAAGUCCAGAACCUCAAGGAUGCGGAGCUUGUCCUCCAGCAACAGGAGAUGCAACGCACACCUGACGGUACGGCUGUCGUGCAGGAGGUGACGGUCACGGCGUUCAUCAAACUCGGCAUUGAUAUACAACACGCCCAGCGCCUCCUUGUCAUUGACUUGAAGGCAGCGGGCCCCCAGCCCACCAGCACGCAGCAGCUGGAUGUCCUCAAGAAGCGUGCAAAACUUCGCAAGUCCAUCGACAAGUUCCGCUCAUGGCAGCGCAUCUACAUGCCUUCCCUCGCCGACCACCUGUCUCAUAACGACCUCAACACCUAUGGCAAAGUCAUUGACGAGACCGAGCACAUGCGCCUGUUCCUGCCGUCAGAACUCUCGGAUGCGGCACGUAAUUCGGCAUGCGCCCCUGGCGUCGUGACGACGGAGACGACCCUCCGUGCUGCUGAGGCUGAGCAGAGUCUCGAGGACCUUCGCCGUGCCCUGCGAAUCAAGACCGCCACGAACCAGUUCCGACAAGCCAACGUGCGCCAUAUCAGCAUGGCCACGCGAGCUCAUACGGCCUUCGACAAGAUCGCGAAGCGUGUCCACAUCGCCAAAAUGCGCUAUCGAUUUGCUCGCAAUUGUUUGGUGCACCUUCGCGGGCCGGGCGAGUGGGAGAGGCAGCUGCGUCCUCUCAACGACGAGGACAUCCGGGCGCUCAAUGAGCGUGCUCUGACGGCGGAGGAGCGUGCGGAGCGCGAGCGUGCGCGUGCACUCGGUCACGACGUUGAUUGGGCCGCGUCCGAUGGUGUUGUCCUUGAGGGAGUGGUCAACGCUGGCGAAGGAAGUCGGCGACUUUCGUGGAUAUGGUAUAUGGAUCCUGGACAAGCAGCUAUCACGGAUCACAACCUCAACGAUGCCCUGCGCGUCGAGUUCUUGAAGUCAAAGGCGCGCCGCGACCGGGAUCGCGAGGAGAUCCAACUCCUUUUGGAGGAGAUGCGCAGGACUAUCGCAUCGCUCGACUACGACUCGGAGCAGUGGUCCGAGCGAGCAGGCCUUCGUCAAGGUUGCGACGACGCCCUUGCUGAUGGUCUUCGCUCGUACGCGAUGGAGCAGGCUGCUUGGCGCAGUGAGCGGGCUGCCCUUCUUGAGAUGAAGUGGAAGCCUGUGCAGGACGCGGCGCGAUUGGCCCUGGAUCUACACUUCGACAAUUUGGGGCAGCUCACAGACGAGGAUGCGGCACAGGAGUUGCAGGACACGCUCGACGGUGUGGACAAGGAUGACACAGAAGAUUUCGGAGAGGACGUCGAUAUAUAAGUGUAGUCGGCUACUUUACUAUGUAUUAUCUGCACGACAG